AUGUUCAGGACAUGCAUGGCUCGGUCGCAACGAGCCAUUAGAAUACAAAAUGUAUUAAGACCUAAUAUUUUGUCCGUAACACCGGUUUUUCUUAACCAAACUUCGACGGUUCGUUUUAAUUCCACCAAAUCGAGUGAAAUCGCUGAUAAAGUGUCAGAAAUCAAAAAUGAAUUAACAUCUUUUGAUCACCAAGCAAGCCCUACAGGAUAUGUCAGUGACAUGACAUCAGAUCAAUUAGGGUAUUUAGACUCCAUCGGGUUAGCACAAGGGUACGGGCCAACUGCUCUUAUUGAACGUUUAUUAGAAUAUUCACAUGUCUACACAGGUUUACCAUGGUGGGCCACAAUUAUCGUUACAACUGUUGCAGUUAGGUCUGUUAUGUUUCCAUUAUAUGUAAAAGCAUCCAUUAACGGGGCAAAAAUGGCAAAAAUCAAACCUGAAUUGGAUCAAGUUAUGCAGGAAUUAAGAGAAGCAGAAAACCCACAGGAACAAGUCCAGGCUGCUCACAAAAGAAAGGCUUUAAUGAAAGAUAAUGAUGUGCAUAUGUCGCACCAGAUGUUCCCUGUAUUACAAUUACCAAUUGCUUAUGGGUUUUUCCAAGGGUUAAGAAAGAUGGCUAAUCACCCAGUUGAAGGCUUUUCUACCCAGGGUAAUGCGUGGUUCGCAGAUUUAACUCAAGUCGAUCCAUACUGUGGAUUGCAAAUUAUCUCUGCCGCUGUAGUUGUUAGUAUGGUAAGAUUAGGUGGUGAAACUGGUGCAGCUGCCAUGAAUCCAAUGAUGAAGAAGGUUAUGACUUAUGUUCCAAUUCUUUCUAUCUUUAUUACUAAGGAACUUUCAGCAGCCGUUGUUUUGUAUUUUGCGGCCAAUUCAAUCUUUUCGUUUAUCCAGGCUUUGGUGUUGAGAAAUAAAUACUUCCGUAAGUUUGCCAAAAUGCCGCCAAUUGUGGCUCCAGCAUCGAUUCCUGGUGCAAAACAACCCCCUGCAACGGUUAGUGAGUGGUGGAAAGAAUUCAACCAGAACAUGAACCAAAAUGUCGGGAAGAAAAUGAAAGAGUCUAAUACUAAAUUAGGAGCUAUCCAUAAGAGAAAGAGUGGAAUUAGUAAUGGGUUUAUCAAGAAACAUUAA